UCACCGACAUCACAACUCCCCGCGGUGGCUCCCGGUUGCCAAACAUCCUCCUCAAGCAGCGAGAGUACAUCUGUAUUAUUAUUUAUUCAAAGGCUUUGUUAGCACGCAGCGACAAAUGGGAGAAAUGACGGAGCAAAAUAACUUUUCCGAAGUUAUUACUCGGAUAUUUAAAGAAGCGCCUGCUGCCAGGAAGGGUCUGGUUGAUAACCACAGCAACCUCCUGCGCGUCGCGGAUUACUGCGAGAACAAUUUUCUACAGGCAGAGGACUCAACCAAGGCUGUGGAAGAGGCUAAGGACUUGGCUGCCCAGGCUCUGGCCAGUGUGUCCUACCAGAUCAACAGUCUGGCCACCAACGUGCUGAGGCUGCUGGACUCCCAGGCCAUGCAGAUCACAGACAUGGCGUCCUCAGUCAACCUGCUGUCACUGGCGGCUGCUAUCCACUUCGAGACGGUAGCCAGGAGAGAGAUUGGUGCUUUUACUACUCCCAAAAACAGGAGCCGCUCCAAGCUCGUGACCCCACCGAGUUCGGGCAAGGAGGCCGAGAGCGGCUACACCAGAGUGCCAAUAUCCUACUCCAUCUUGGACUCCACUGGCCACUGUUUUGAGAUCACCGAGCAGCAGCCCAGAAAGAGAGCAGACACAACAGAGAGCAUAGACAGUACUGCAGACUUCUUUGUAUCCAGUCUUGGCAUUGCUGUGCCUCCACCAUCAGUCCCCACCUUGCGAACCGCCUCCAACCCCGUCGACCACAGCCCGCCUCCCCCACCUCCUCCGACUGCCGAUUUGGACCUCGAUAUGCCCGCUGCCCCUCCACCACCACCACCUCCGUCUUCCUCCAUGGACGAUGGCCUCCAGCCACCUCCGUCCUUCUCGACCUCACCCACAUGUCUGCCCCCACCUCCCCCUCCACCGCCAACCUGUCCGUCAAACGGCUCCUACCCGCCUCCACCUCCUCCAGUAUCAGGAACUGCAUCCCCUCCUCCUCCUCCUCCACCACCGCCACCACCCCUUCACACUGGCACCUUUGGUAUGGCACCACCACCCCCUCCAGUAUCAGGAGCUGCACCCCUUCCUCCUCCUCCUCCUCCUCCACCACUGCCCCCUCACACUGGCACCUCUGGUAUGGUGCCACCACCCCCUCCACCACCCCCUCCCCUACGCUAAUGAACAUUGUUAUUGGAUGAUUUUGUUCUAACUCACAGGCAUACUGUUUUGCCAUCAGAUGUGUAAAACAUGUACAGCUGCAUGGAAAUAUCUUCGGCCCCGAGAUCAAA